GCUGCAGUAGAUGUGUUUCUCAUCAAUAAAUCAAUCAAUCAAAUAAUCGUUAUUAGAUAUCGAUGUGAAAAUAUGAAUGACAAUCCAUCCACAACGACUUCAUUGACAUCGAAAUUACAAUCAUUGGAUAGUAAAAAAUCUGCCGAUUUUCUAUUGGAUCAAUUGUUGAAACCGAAAAAUCCACAGGACACGGAUCGUUUUUAUUCAUCAUGGGCAGCUAAUUAUGAAAAGGAUAUUAAAGAAAUGGAAUACAAUGGUGGUUCGAUAGCAGCGAAAUAUUUCUUACAAAUGAAUUUUGAAAAAGAUUCAAAAAUAUUAGAUAUUGGUGCCGGUACUGGAAUUAUUGGUGAAAUUCUUCAACACAAUGGCUAUGAAAAUAUUGAUGCACUUGAUAGUAAUGAAGAAAUGUUGACGAUAUUGAAGCAGAAAAAUUGUUAUAAGAAUGUAAUCAAAUCAAUAGUGACGCCCGAAACAAAGCUACCGAUCAAUGAUCGUCAAUACGAUAUAAUAAUAAUGGCUGGUGUAUUCUGUCCUGGUCAUAUUGAUUAUCGUUCAUUGGCACAAAUUAUUCGCAUCACUAAAUCAGGUGGAUUUAUUUGCUGGUCGAUGGGAAAUCCAAAAAUCUAUGCCGAUCGUGAUGAACUUUAUAAUGAUGGUAAUUUUGAACGUUAUAUAGCAUUAUUAUGCGACAAAAUGAAAUGGCUUUCAGUAUUGGGCUAUCCAAUUGUAGUGGAAAAUUUUGUUAAAAAUCUACCUGGAUUUUUCUAUGCAAUGCAAGUUGUAUGAUAUCAACAACAACAACAAAAA